CGCCGCCCACGCCCCAACCACGAGGUAAUUGCCGACCGGAAGUGCGGCACGUCCCGUGGUGCCGCGCGCCUCCUCCACUUCGCCGUCGAGGUCAUUUGUGUCGGCGCGGCGAGCAGCACGAGGAGGAGGAAGAAGAAGACGACGACGAGGAAGAUGCUGGCCGCACGUAUGCUGAGUUUGAUGGGACGGAGGACGCUCGCCACCACGGCGGCGCGGCAUGGCCACGCGGUGGUUGCAAAGCCCGAGGAGUGGAGCCUGCCCCAGUACACGGACCGCACGGACGUGCCACUGCCCGACAUCCCCUACGUGCGCGACCUCGCGUCGCAUCAGCUCGCGCUCAAGGAGAAGGAGAAGGGACCCUGGACGGCGCUCAGCCAAGCCGAGAAGCUGGCGCUGUACCGCAUCAUGUUCAACAAGACGUACGCGGAGAUGGAUCAGCCCUCGCACGAGUGGAAAACCGUGCUUGGAGCGGUUUUCUUCUUCUUCGGACUCACGGGGCUGCUCAUCAUCUGGCAGCGCCACUUCGUGUUUGGACCGGUGCCGCACACGCUGUCCGAGGAGUGGGUUGCGAUGUCGACCAAGAGGAUGCUGGACAUGCGCGUCAACCCCGUGGAGGGCUUCUCCUCCAAGUGGGACUACGAGAAGAACGAGUGGAAGAAGUGAAUUGCCGACGGCGUCGCCAACACCACCCGCUCGCCAAGCUCGGCGUGCGUGCGAGUGUGCGUGUACGGGUAUCCCCCAUCUGUCACCACCCACUGCUAAAAGCGGACGCGGCCUGCGUCAUGCCGGAGAGAUGAUGGGCUUCUUCUUCCCAGGCCUCCCCCCCCCCCCCUCUACCAUCCACGGAGACAAAACAUUUGCUGCGCUUUAAACGGAGCUGCGCUCACGCUCGCUCGCUCACUUUCGUUAACGCGCACGGGGUGGUGGUGCACUGAUCGCCACCUCCGUGAUGAGCACGCGGACUAUUGGGUGAUGCCGCUGCAUUUUCCCAAAAAGGGUUGUGCACUCCUGGCUACAGCUUACAGGUUGCAUGUUAACCGCGGCAUUAAAUUGGCGAAUUUGCCGGAUAUAAAUAUUUGAAUGAUUUGCCCCUGUAGUUAGCCCUUGGCACAAUUUGUCGAGUUCAUUUCAUUUAGCUUUGGACUUAUGGCGAAGGUGACAAAUUGUAAACGUUUAAUACUGUACACGUCAAGCUAACGCCGAUAUUGUUUUUAGCUCGCUUGCUAUGCUUUCCUCGACGGAACAGCCAUACAAUUGGUGUGACCGAAAGGUGACAGUGUAUUUAUCAACUCCGCUCGUCUUGUGCUGGCAAAAAAGCAUUUCGUGGUGUGCAGUGGUAGCGCGGCAAAUGUGUCUCUCGUGGUGGGGGGGGGUGGGGGUCUGGAAAAGUCGGUCCCUCCCAGGGACGAUCCUGCACACACUGCACCUGUGCGCCAGGGUGACCACAUUGCAGUGUGCGCGCGUGCGUCCCUUCAUGAUUGGUACACAACCAUCGGCUCGAAGUCCGCUUCUGCCCACUCUUCAGAUCGGGAACCGUUAACAGAUGUAAUAUCUAAAGGAAGAAUUUGUGAAUAAAGCAUAGCCCUUACAAUGAA